AUGGCUGUCUGGGUGAACGACGUGGAUCAAGGCCUUGGGAACAAGGCUGAUGCGGAUGCGUACAUCCGCUCACCCCCAAAUAACGAUCCUAUCAAGGAUGUUACGUCUGCAUCUAUGACUUGCAACGUCAAUAAUGCUGCAACCGCGAAGUCUAUUCAAGUCAAGUCUGGAGACGAGAUCACUUUCGAGUGGCAUCACAAUGGUCGAACUGACUCAGACGACAUCAUUGACAAGUCCCACGUCGGCCCUGUCAUGACCUACAUUGCACCCGCUAGCUCCAAUGGUGAAGGAGAUGUAUGGCUGAAGCUUGCUGAGGAUGGAUACGACGGAACGAAGUGGGGUGUUGAUCGUUUAAUUGCCAACAAGGGCAAGCAUUCGAUCACGGUUCCCAAUAUCGCUGCUGGACAGUACCUCCUUAGGCCUGAGAUCAUCGCGCUUCACGAGGCUAACAACCAAGGGGGCGCUCAGUUCUACAUGGAGUGUGUUCAGAUCGAGGUUACCUCUUCUGGUGUAACAACCCUCCCUGCUGGUGUCAGCAUUCCAGGAACAUAUACUGCCACUGAUCCCGGAAUCCUCUUCAACGUCUACAAUAAUGGAGGCCAGCCCUAUCCUACCGGAACAUACACUAUUCCUGGCCCGGCUGUGUGGGACGGUGCUAGCUCGGAUACAGGCGGCGAUACCUCUCCCUCCGAUACUCCCGUUGAGACACCUGCGCCCGCAACAUCAAUUGUGGAGACACCCGUACCGACCUCAGUCGUCGAGACUCCUGUACCAUCAUCAGCAUAUGAGGAUGAACACGAGCCAGCUACAUCAGUCAUAGAACCUGUUCCUACUUCUGUUUCAGCCCCUGAGCCGAGCUCAGGUCCGACAACACAAACUCCCAAGCCGACCCCAAGCACAGUUCCUACGACGUUCGUGACUUCUUAUGUGAGCAGGACUUAUUGCACGUCCCCUUCAUCGGCUCCUGAUACGGGAGUGGCUGUUGCAAAAUACGGUCGCUGCGGUGGCUCUGGAUACAUCGGCACGACUACCUGUGCAGACGGCUUUGUGUGUAAGGUGCAAAACCCCUACUACUCGCAGUGCGUUCAAGCUUGA